CGUCCAGGCGUUACAUUGCCCGCACCUCUAUUUCUGUAAAACGAAACUCCACUGAGGCCAACUUCCAUUGUAGGUGUUUUAGGCUGCCUGCCGCCACAUCCCGAAACAGAACAACCGUUGAUCCCUGUGUUGCAACUUCUCUCUUCUCAGGCUUUAUAGUUAAUACGAAUAGAAAGCCAUGGCUGUCCACCAGCAGCAGAUCACCACUGUAACAACCACCCAGAGGUCGGGGGAAUGGAGCACAGGACUGUGUGACUGCUGCUCUGACAUGGGCACCUGUUGCUGUGCCUUGUGGUGCUUCCCCUGUUUUCAGUGUCAGACGGCCUCCCACUUCGGCUGGUGUCUCUGCAUGCCCCUCCUGGACCCAUGUGCCUUUAUGGCUGUCUCCUGCUGCAUGCGCUCCUCCAUGAGAGAACGCUACGGCAUCCAGGGUUCGACGUGUGGAGACGUCGCAUUGGUGUGUUGCUGCUACGUCUGUACCUGGUGCCAGAUGGCUCGUGAGGUUAAGACUCAGACCACAUCAGGCCCCCAACAGGUUCACGUGGUCACCCAACAAGUUCACAUGGCUUAGGACCCCAACAUGAGGGUAGGGACUAGAUGGCAAAGUCUAGAAGGGUCUUAACUGCUGAGCAAGUGCUUUACUAACUUUUUGUUCCUUAUAUUGUGUAAAGGUUAAGGAUCGGGCUUACAGUUUGGGUUUGUGGUUGAAAAAUUACACAAUUUCAUCAUUUCUAGCAUAGCCAAAUAGUGAUGGCCAUAUCGAGAUAGAAUACCACUCCAGUUUAUAGCAAAGAUAUGUUGAAUGUACUGCAUACUUCAGAUGUGUCUGUAGGAGAUACAUUUUAUACCAUUUACUAAUCUCAUAGUAACCAUUGAAUGUUAAUCUCAGGCUUUAUUAAAGGUCCAGUCCAGUCAAAAACGUGAUUUGUCUGUGUUUCCACACAAUGAGGUUGGAAUAAUACUGUGAAAUUGUGAAAAUGAUGAUAAUGCCCUUUUAGUGUAAGAGCUGUGUAAAAAGACCGCCUGAAAUGUCCCCCUGUUUUGGUAGGAGGGAGUUUUGGCCUUCCAUGUUGACAUCACCAGGCUGUAAAUGAGUUAGUGGACCAAUAAGAAAGAGAGUUCCAAAACUCUCUGCCAAUAACAGCAAAUUGUCAGUUUUCCCCUCCUCACUUAAACCACACCCAGACAGUCCUAACAAAAUCAUUGCCUGAGAAAUUGCUCUUUGCUAAGAAGCUAUUUUUGUACAUUUUUACCAUUUGAAUUGAAAACAAUCACAGUAAGGUACUUAAUUGUUACCCAGAAAUGAUUUGAUGUUGAGAUAAAAAUGGCUGCAUUGGACCUUUAAACAUUUCUUUUACAGUUUAACAUGUAGGUUACUUGCCUUUCUUGCACACUUUCACUUGUCUUUUAUUACUAUCCCUGACUUUGCUGAUAGUUGCUCUACUGAGAAAAAGUUUGGUCUAUUAUGACUAUUUGGUUGUCUUUACCUCGCUACCUAAAGAUGAGUACUUUAGAUAAGUGUUAAAUGACUAAAUGUACUGUUGUAAAUGUAAAAUGCUUGAACCAUGAUUCAAACGGCAACAGCAUUUAAAAUUGAAUGUUCUAUAUAAAUGAUAGUGUAUGCCAUUUAGUAGACAUGCGUGCAUGAAUAUAACGUACCAGUGGUCCCGGGAAACGAACCCGUUACCCUGGUAGCGCCAUCCUCCUGCCAACUGAGCUUCAACGGAACACUGUUUUCUCUGUUGCUUUGUCCUUGAUUUCACCUGCUUGUUCAAUAAGUUUUUUAAAAUAAAGCAUUUACACGUCUCACCUUUACAAAGAUG